AUGGAUUCUCCGGUGAAUGUUGGUGAUACCACCACCAACUCUAUACUCCAUCGUCUUCAAGACACGCAUCUCCAGGAGGUAGCGUCCGCAACUAUUUCAAGUGCCACCUAUUCUGGCCAACAAGUGAUACAAUUGGCUCUUUCCUUGAAGGACUCAUUCAACAAUCAAAAUGAUAAUCAUACUUCUUCGUCAAUCGAUACUCUGCCAACCAUAUCAUUGAAAGCGCCCAUCAAGAUUUUAAGAAGGGUUCAAGAUUCAUAUAUCAACAUUACACAAUUGUUUGAUAUCCUCAUUAGAUUGAACCUCUUUUCAAAUUCUCAAGUUGAAAAGUAUCUUAAUAAUGAACUUUUAACCAAUCCUCAGUAUUCAACAAAGGAUAUUGAUGACUAUCGUAACCAUGAAAACCCCGUACUUAACGGGCUAUGGAUUCCAUACGAUAAAGCCGUUACCUUGGCGAUUAAAUUUGAUAUCUAUGAGUUUUCAAAGAAAUUAUUUUUGGUUGAUGUACAUGAUUUUGAUAAAUUACCUAAACAGUCCAUUACUAUGGGGGGUAAAAGAAGAUUAUAUGAUGAAAGUUUUGACAAUCAAGCAGAUGCUGGUUUAAUGGGAUCUCCACUUAAAAAGCAAAAAGUUGAUCAUAAGGCAAAUACAGAAACUGGUUCAAAUCUCAAUUCAAUCACCACCAAAUCUUCAUCUACUUCAAAAGAUCUUUUAAAACAUUUGUCGGGGUCAAACCCCAACAUACCAUAUACUUUACCCCCAUUAAAUGAUCCUAAUAUUCUUAAUCCAUCGAUGGUUUCUGAUCUAAAACUCAAAUAUGGAGAAGUAUUUAAAAGGGAUGAUGAAAAAGAUUCUAAAUUAACUUUUGAAGACAUUGAAACAAUUUUCAAACAAAUAAUUUCUACAGGGGAUUUAGAACAUGGUACUUUGGUUGCAGAUAUUCCUCUUGAUCAACAAGGGAAAACUGCUUUGCACUUUGCAUCCACAUUAGCUUCAGUGACAUUGGUAUCAGCAUUUGUCAAAUUGGGAUUAUGUUCACCAAUAAGAGGAACUCAAACAGGAGAAUCACCACUUAUAUCAACCAUUAUGGUGACAAAUGCAAUGGAGAAGGGUAAUUUCAAAGAAUUAUUGAGUGAGUGGUUAUGGCCAUCAUUAUGGUUGUAUGAUAAUAAAAAAUGGUCAUUUUUACAUUAUUUAGCAUCACAACUGGCCAAAAAAUCAGAAGCAAGUAAAUUUUAUUUAAAUCGAAUUUUAGAAUUUGGUUUAGCAUCAUCUGAAGAAGGGUAUUCAGUUAAAAACUUUUUAUCUAAAUUAUGUUCAGAUAUAAUUGAUUUACAAGACGAAAUGAAUGGGAAUACUUGUUUACAUUUAGCAGCAGAAAGUGAAUCUAAAUGGAUAAUUCGAGUAUUGAUUGAGUUAGAUGCUGAUAUAACCAUUGCCAAUAAGACAGGAUUAAAACCAAUUGAUUUUGAUAUUGUUAAUGAAGUAUUACAAGAAGUUAAAAAUGAUUCAUUUAAAUAUGAAAAUGAUCAAGAUAAUUAUAUUCUUGAAUUACUUCGAUCAAGUGUUAAACUUCAUAAAAGGAAAAUAGAGCUUGGAAUUGCAGAUGAUGCUGAUGUGGAAGAAGAUAUACAAGAUAUGUCAAUUGACGCGGAUUCAGUGACAAAUACAACCACGAAUAAUAACAAUAAUAACAACAAUACUACUAAUAAUAAAAAGUCAGUUAAAUUGGAAGAUCAAAAAUUUGGUUCAGCCAAGAUUUUCCAAAGUAUUCAAAAUCUUUUAUCCAAUACCAAUACGGAAUAUGAAACUUUAAUUAAUUCCAAGAAAUUGCAUUUGAAAAACCUUAAUCAAAAGUUACACGAUACAACUAUUGUCACAGCCAACAAUCGGUUUAUUUCAAAGAAAAUCAGUGAAAAAUUGUUGUACUUGGAUAGUUUAAAGUUACAAAUGGCGAAUAUUACUGAUAGAUUAGAAAUAUCACUGAAAGAAAUUCCCAGUGGUGUUGAUAUUGAUACAGAAGAUGAAAAUGUUAAAUAUGAUGCAGAUGAACCAUUCCGAAUCCAAAGUAUAUAUGAUCAACUUGAGAGUGGAGUAGACCCUGAAAAAGUGACCGUGGAUGAGGAUGUCAUGGCUAAAUUGCCACCAUUACCAAUUUUACAAGCAAGAUUGAAUGCAUAUCAAGAGAUCAAUAAAAAAAUUGAAACAGAACUUGGAACCUUGUUAGAUUAUAGCGAGUUGACUUCGAAGUUUAAGAAGGUUGUUAGUUUCUGUACUGGUGUGGAUAUUAAUGAAGUUGAUGAGUUGUUGGAUGGUUUAUUAGAAGCGGUAGAGGGUCAACAGUAA